AUGAUCUCGACGUUUGAUUACUGUCUUGCAAUGCAACAGCCAAAUGACCCUAGCAAAUUCUCUUACAACACAGUAUUGGACUCUGCUAAGACUCCUUCUAGCAAGCGUGGCUUUCCGUUUAAAUUGCUUCAGCUGCUAGAAGAUGCUUCCUUAGAAGGAAACGAACACAUUGUCUCAUGGCUUCCUCACGGCAAGGCCUUCAAAGUUCACAAGACUACUGAAUUUGAGAACAAACUCAUUGGUAGAUACUUCAGACAGACCAAGUAUCGUUCUUUUGUUCGUCAGCUUUAUCACUAUCGCUUUGCGCGGAUAGACUUUGGAGACGACAAAGGAGCAUACUAUCAUCCUGACUUUCAACGACACAACAAGGAGAAGUGUUUAACUGUACAACGCCGUUCCUCAGAAGAUCAAGAAUCCGGAGCAUCGUCUCGUUUAGAACGGUAUCCUCCCAGUCUCAUUAGUAUGUCCGCACUCACUCCAGCUCUUGACAUUAAUGAUUACAAGAUAGCUCUGGGAACUAGUGCGCAAAUGGCAGCUAUAGACACCAAUAGAAUCCAGAAUUUCGGACAACUACAGCAGCAAUUUGGAAAAGAUGAUGAUAAGGGAAACCCUAUCUUUCCUCAGAAGCCCAGCGCUACCCAGAAUACCAACUCACAGCUGCCCAACAAUCCUUUAUUUGCAUCUCAACUCGCCGCUUUGCAACAUCAGAAUUCCAUGGAGCCCAAUUGGCUCGGAGUUUGGAUGGCGAGAAAUGAGCAGUCCAACGAACCCACUGAUGUGGACCUCGAACCGCGACCAAUCAAUGACCAGCAAGGACGAUGA